AUGAGUGACUAACUAAAUUUUAAUCUCAAACUAUAUAGAGAAAGACUAACUGAUAAGUAUUAGAGAAAUUCAUCAAAUUCAAAUAUCGGAUAAGACAAUUAAAUCAACAGCCACAGAAAAUCAUUCAAGAAGAAUGCUCCAACUCUCGAUUCCAUAUCCAGUAGAUUAUAGAAUUAUAGCGGUAAUAAACUAAGAACAGAUAUACGUGUUUGUUCUCCAAAAAAUUUAUCAUCGCCUGUAACUCUUAAUGGUAUGCAAUAAAAAAUUAAAUCUAUAACAACAUCGCCUUAACAAUUCGUUAAUAAUAAUUUUGGACAUCCCAUAAGUAGUCCAAAAUCUGUGGUUACUCAAUUCCAAGGAUUUUAUUAAUCUCCAAGAGCAUAAACUGAUCGCAAUGAAAUUUAAUAAAUAAAACGAUAUAAUUCAAAUAAUGAUAUUACUGAGAUGAUACCCUUCCAUGAUUUAGUUAAUAUGAGAAAUAAACUAGAAAACUAUGAUAUCAAUGGUGCACAUGUAUCACCAACUUAUCUAAGUGAAAUAGUGAAAUUGGCACAUGUUAUCAAUACAUAAUUAUAGAAAAAAUGA